UUUCAAUUGUGUAGUGUGUGCUUAGCUAAUUAUUCAACAAGUAGCUAUCAUGUGUAGGACCAGACAAAUCAUCCUCUUUAUAUUGUUUUUAGGAGUACAAGCACAAGAUGAUUCACUAGCUGGUAGUUUUCUGUCAGGUCUAUUGGAUACUAUAACAAGCACUGCAGACUCAAAAGAUUGUCCUGGUAUAUGUGUACAUACGUUUGCUACAAUUAUAUGCUAUGACGUGUUUGAUAACGUAACAUGCCCUUCACCGUCAAUGAGAUGUUGUGUAGAACCGCCGAAUGCUUCUAAUGACACAUCUGUAAAGGAUACUACGAAAAUGGAAAUAACGUCAACUACCCAGAAAAUACCAACUACUAUGGCGACUGUAUUAACCACAACUGUUUCGCAACCCACCUCCAAUCAGAUUGAGAAACAGACGAAUGUUCCAAUUACCAAUGAAUCAGUGGUCGAACGUGGAUGUAACAGCAGCCAAUAUCGAGGUGUAUGUGUUGCUGAGAAAAUAUCCGAUUAUUGUGAAGCCAUCGUUAACGUGGCAAACCUUUGUAAACCUGGUUUAAAAUGCUGUGUUUCUAGGAAUACAUUUGGUGACAAAAUACCUUCUAAUUUAGUGUAUCCAAAUAAAACUAAGAGUAAUUCCUCUUACAUCGAACAAAGGACGACUGUGAAUCCAUUCGAAAAAACCCACGUAAAGAAAACAACUCCUGCGCCUUCAACUUUAAAAAAAUGUGACGGCGAGUGUGUAGGAGAUUUCUUUGCUCUGUUUUGUGACAAUAUUGACACUGAAGCUGAAUGUCCAAAUGAGGGUAGUUGUUGCCUAAUCAGCCCGUCAAAUGAAGAAACAUCUCCAACUCCUACUUAUUCUGUUACAACAACCUCUAGACCAAUAAUUACACGUGAUCCAGGUCCUAUAUGCCCAGGAUUUUGUCUGUUAAAUAUAAUGGCAGCUUUUUGUGAAAGACCAUCAGUCCUUAUACCGCAUACAUCCAACUGUAAGAAGGGUUCAGUAUGUUGUGAUAACACAAGGGAUACAACGUCAAAGCCAAAACCACAACAUUUUCCGAAAACCACAACAACCACUGCAAAGCCAGAUCCACGACCAGAGUGUCCUGGUUCAUGCAUUGUAUCUUAUUUAAGUUUCACUUGUUUCAGAAAUGCGGAAAUGACGGAAAUAUUCAAAUGUAGAAAACCCGGUACAAAAUGUUGCGCUCCAAAAACACUUAUUAAAGAAACACUUGGACAAGGAGAUGUAUCUCAUAUCGAGGAAAGUACAAUGCCGUCAGUGGGCAUUUCAUACACAACUCCUACGACGGAAAUGUUGACAGCGACAUCAACCACGGAAAUGGUAAAACAUGCAUCGACUUCGAAGACACCGGUUUAUAGUAAAUAUGUAUGUGGAGUUAAAGGUACUUCCAGAACAAGUAGAAUUGUAGGUGGUGAGGACGGACAACAAGCAGAAUGGUGUUGGCAAGUUGCACUUAUUAAUUCUUUAAAUCAGUACUUAUGCGGUGCGGCACUUAUUGGAACUCAGUGGGUAUUAACAGCAGCACAUUGCGUUACAAAUUUCAGCAUCGUACGUUCCGGUGAUGCUAUUUACGUGAGAGUAGGCGAUCAUGACUUAACAAGAAAAUAUGGAAGCCCCGGAGCACAAACCUUGAGAGUUGCCACCACGUAUAUUCACCAUAAUCACAAUAGUCAAACGUUGGACAAUGAUAUUGCUCUUUUAAAGUUGCACGGCCAAGUUGAAUUAAAGGAAGGUGUAUGUCUUGUCUGUCUUCCAGCAAGAGGUGUUAGUCAUACUGCAGGGAAAAGGUGUACCGUUACAGGAUACGGUUACAUGGGAGAAACAGGCCCUAUACCGCUCAGAGUGCGAGAGGCCGAAAUACCAAUAGUUAGUGAUGCUGAAUGUAUUAGAAAAGUCAAUGCUGUGACCGAAAAGAUAUUUAUCUUACCGGCGAGCAGUUUUUGUGCUGGGGGUGAAGAAGGAAAUGAUGCUUGUCAGGGUGACGGUGGUGGACCGCUGGUGUGUCAAGAUGAUGGAUUUUACGAGUUGGCUGGGUUGGUUUCAUGGGGAUUCGGUUGCGGUCGUUUAGAUGUGCCAGGAGUUUAUGUUAAAGUUUCAUCUUUUAUCGGCUGGAUAAAUCAAAUAAUUAGUGUCAAUAAUUUAUAAUACACAAAAAUAC